CCCUGAGCGCGCGAAUUUUGCAUCGGAAGCAAGCUCAAUUUCGUGUGUGUACACGCUUGUCGUUUACUCUAGGCUGCUGUUACUUUAAAAUUCAUUACUUCUAUUUUCGUAAAGUUACAACUUAGCAAAUGUACUUCAAGUGAUAGCUAGCUCGUUAUCCUUCUGAUUUUUCGGUAUUCGUGUAGCACAUUUUGCUAGUCGGUGCAGUCAUGUCUGAUGCCAUAUCUGAUGUUGGCAGCGACAUCAGCGGAGAUGACAGUCAAGAAGAUGUGAUGACUCCGGCAGAGCUAAUUACUAAGCUAGAGGAGGCCUGGCUGAAUGAGAAGUUUUCUCCUGAACUUCUUGAGAAUAAAUCAGAGAUGGUAGAAUGUGUGAUGGAGCAACUCACUCAUAUGGAGGCUAACCUGCAGAGGGUUAGGAAAGGUGACUUGAAGGCCAGUAUACACCGUAUGGAGAUAGACAGGAUCCGCUUCGUUCUCAGUAGCUACCUGCGGUCCCGUCUCCAGAAGAUCGAGAAAUUCUUCUCGCAUGUCCUGGAGAAAGAGAAGUCACGGGCCGAGGGAGAUCCAUCCUUCCUGUCUCCGGAGGAGUUCGCUUUUGCCAAAGAAUACCUAGCCAACACAGAGAUGUAUCUGAAGGCUGUAGCUUUAAAACACAUGCCCCCUAACCUGCAGACGGUGGACAUGCUGAAAGCUGUGCCAGAGCCAUGCCUGGACUCCUUUGUGUUCCUGAGAGUGAAGGAGAGACAGGAGAACAUCAUGGUGGAGCCUGAGACUGAUGACCAGAGAGAGUAUGUUGUCGAUUUCGAGGAAGGUUCACAGCAUCUAAUACGAUAUCGGACCAUAGCCCCGUUUGUUUCCUCUGGAGCGGUACAGCUCAUUUAACUAUCCAGGUGCCUGUUAUCCUUGGUUGAGAUGCAGUGUGUUGCUCGCUUCGGUUUGGGAUGGUUGACUGGAGGAUCUCGUCGGCUCAUUAUUGAACUCCUAUGAGCAAAUGAAAGUGGACGUGUUGUAAUUAGGACCCUAAAGAUCCAGGAAUGAGCCCCACUCUCUGUGGACAGGGCCUUCUCAACUGCACUACUUACCUGAGGGGAAACAGCCUCUACUCCAGGAAACUGUGUAAGAGACUGUGAUUGUUGUAUGUGAUUACAGGACAGGCCCUCCAUAAAUGAGAUACACGCAUACACUUUUUCACACACAUGACACUUAGAUAGGGUGACAACUUCGUCUUAGCAAUGACAAUAUUUUGUGUAGUAAUUGUUCUGUUGUCCAUUUAGUGAUGUGUUCCCUUUUGUAAAUAAAUAGUUUUGG